AGUGUGUUACAAUAGCAACGCAACACUGAGCACAGCCCAAAGGUGCUUUCGCCUGCGGAUUACAGGGAGAGUCUGGGUGGGGCGGCCAAGGUGUGUCUGUGUUGACUCAUGGCCAGUAGCGACAGCUAGAUAUCGCGCUCACAUUGAAGUGUGUCUGUCCUUUAUUCAGAGAACAAGUGCAGGAAUUGACAAGUUUCUUCGUCUGACGCCGACACAAAUCCGUCAACCGUUGGACGGUUCACUGUCGGUAGAGCUUCCUCCAUACGGACAAAGUUAACGAAAAGUUUUCAAAAAUGGCGAACGUUUUAAUUUUCAACAUUUGCCUGGUAUUGAUGUUGUCCCGUGUGGAGUCGUGUUUUAUCCCGGAGUCUCUGUACAUAAUUGUGCCAGACACAAUUCCGACUGGAUACAAAAUCACAACAGUUGUAGUUGAAGACUGCGACACCGAAUCAUUGCGUUUAACUCCGGAGGACCCCCGUUUUACUAUAACGAGUAAUAGAGCAAUAGUAGCUUUAACGCCUGUAUCAGUGGCUCCAGGAGGGCGGACAUUUUCUGUGUGGGCUCGGGACAACAGUGGAAUGGAAAGUGAGAUGGUAGUUCACCUUCUCCACAGUGCAGUACAGGAAAAAAAGCCCACAGGCUUCCUGAAGCGUUCCAAGAGACGUUGGAGUCCACCACCCUUCAACGUGUUAGAGAAUGAUGUAGGACCAUUCCCAAAAAGCAUUGACAAGAUUGUAUCAGACUCGGAAGCCAAAUACCAAGUGUACUACGUCAUCAGUGGACCCGGUGUCGAUCAGAUUCCAGUGGGAUUGUUCAGUCUGAACCGUGACAGUGGGAUGUUGAGCGUGAACAGGGCAAUUGAUCGUGAAGAGUACUCAUCAUUUACAUUAACAACCAAAGUUUUCGACAAAUUCACAAAUGAGCAGACAGACCUUCCUUUGGACAUCCGAGUAGUUGUUGAUGAUGUGAAUGACAACGCUCCAACAUUUGUAGACCAGCUACAAUUCACUGUGCCUGAGCAAAGCAACGCAGGGACAGUGGUGGGGAAGGUGAAUACUACAGACCGAGACGACCCAACUACCACCCACGUCAAGAUCAAGUAUUUUCUCACAACUGGGUUAGACCUAUUUGCUAUCAACCCACAAACAGGUGUCAUCACCACAAAAACGAACACUCUGGACAGAGAGACAAAAGACAAGUAUGUGGUGACAGUAGUAAUCAAAGAUAUGGAAGGUGCAGUGAAUUGCCUUUCAACCACAGGAACAGCAACCAUCACUGUGGGAGAUAUCAACGACAACGAGCCCACUUUUACAAAACCAUCCUAUGCAGUUGAUGUCAAAGAAAAUGAAAGCCAAAAACUCCUCCUCCGAAUUCCCGUUGAAGACAAGGAUUUAAUAAACACACCAAAUUGGAUUUCAAAAUUUGUCAUUAAUAAAGGAAAUGAAAAUGGAAAUUUCAGAAUAGAUACCGACCCCAAAACCAACGAGGGGCUUCUGUAUGUUACAAAGCCCUUAGAUUAUGAGCAGAUUCAAAAUGUAAAGCUUGAAAUUAUGGCACGUAAUCAAGCUGAGCUGAGUGGCACCACUGCCCAAUGGAGGACCAUCCCUGUGGAUGUCACAGUCGUCAAUGAAGAUGAGGGCCCAGAAUUCUCGGCUCCUACUAUCCGCUUCACUGUCAAAGAGAACACACCAAAUGGCACACUGAUAGGAAGUUACAUAGCUAAAGAUCCUGAGACCAAGAGCAGCAACGGCAUCAAGUAUUACAAGCUCACAGACCCAGCCUCCUGGAUCAAUGUCAACAGAGAUAAUGGAGAGCUGAGAGUUGCAAACACAAUUGACAGAGAGUCAUCGUUUGUCCAGAAUGGAAUAUACAACAUCACCAUGAAGGCUGUUGAUGCGAGCUCCAAAACAGGAACAGGAACAGUCGUCAUUGUGGUGGAGGAUGUCAACGACAACGUGCCAGUGAUCCCCACCCCCGAGAUGGUGUUGUGUGAGAAGGAAGGAGAGCUCGGCUCAGUGCUGGUUGUGGCUGAAGACAAAGACCAGAGACCCUUUUCUGACCCCUUCAGCUUUACUCUGCCACCCAAUCAUGACGGCAAAUGGUCCUUGACAAAAGUUAAUGACACAGCAGACUACAGAACGCAGUCUCACACAGGGGUUGUGCACUGA